CAUUUUCUUUCUAUCUGCGACUAUAAUAUAUAUAUAUAUUUAUCAUAACGACUACUAUGUGUACUACAGGCUCAGAGAACAAAUACGAAGAACCACUUCUGUUUGUUUCAAACUCAAGCAAUCAUGAAGCAAAAAAUGGUUAUAAAGUUGCAAAUGGACUGCGAUAAAUGCAGAAACAAAGCCCUCAAAACUGCUGCUGAGGUCCAAGGUGUAACUUCGGUAUCAUUGGAAGGAAAUGACAAGGAUAGUAUAUGUGUGAUCGGUGAUGAUGUGGACACAAUUUGUUUAGCAAACCAGCUAAAGAAAAAGUUCAAUAGUGUCACCAUACUUAGUGUGGAAGAGGUGAAAAAGAAAUCUGAUGAAGAAAAGAAAAAGGAAGAAGAAAAGAAAAAAGAGGAUGAAAAGAAAAAAAUGAUAGAAGCAUGUCGUAGUGUUUUGCAGGGUACUUGCGUCAAGUGUCAUGACUUGAGUUGUAAUGGAAAAUGUGAUAAAUGCCCAAAAUGUGAAAGUCUAAAGUGUGAUGGGAAACAUUGUGUCACAAUUUGCUUUAAAUGUGAAGAUUCAAAGUGUGAUGGUAAGUGUAAAUGUAAUUGCUCCAAUUGUGACAACAAGAAGUGUAAUGGUUGUACGCCUCCUACACCUCCUAAGAAGCCUCCUACACCUCCUGAGAAGCCUCCUACACCACCGAUCCAACAAUGUCCUCAAUGGUGCACAUGCCCUAAAUGUUAUGCUCCAUAUCGACCGUAUCCACCUUGUUCUAACCCUUAUCCACCUUAUGGCAAGGUUGUUUAUGAACAAAACCCCGAGACUUGCUCCAUCAUGUGAUAUCAUACCUAUGGAUGAGGAUUUCAUGCACCCGCUAUUGAGUGCAUCAACAUCAGAACUUAUAGAUCUAUAAAGAUAAAUUUUACCUUUUUAGAUUCAACAAUUUGCACCGUCGCUGCACAAUGGAGCGGGUGUAAGUGAUUGUUACACCAUUUCCACGAGUAAGGACUAUGCCUAAAAUAAAAUCUACAAGCAUGAUCUCAUUAUAAGAUUUGUAAGCAAUAUCUUAUAAUUAUAAGAUAUGUAUUUGCAUUAUAAGUAUUCAAUAAUCUUACAAGAAAAAAAAAACAAAUAAAUGUAUCAUAUUUUAUCUCAAUCAAGUGUUGGAUGACACAACA